GACAGCAGCACGUCAAAAAAGUCAGGAAAAUUACCCAAAAAACCCACCCAAUGGACGCCCUCUUGCUCGCCAUCAUUCCGCAUUCUGUAGUCGGCCAUUAGUGUUUCGUUAGGCAAUUAACAUUUGUCCACCAUUGUUGUGUACAUUUUCGUGGUGUUGGACGCCAUAUUUAUUGACGGUUUUGCGAAACAACAAGCUACCUGGGACACUGUGAGCCCCAUUUAGACACCUUUGGUGCUCCGCAUUGCUUAACAAUUGCCCCCUGAACUCUUUGGCGCCACCUAACGGGACGCUGACGGCGUCCGGGAAGGCAAACGAGCCUCCGCGCUGUGACUGCAGCGGCAAAUCAAUGACGCCGCCCCCAAAAAACAUCCCCAACAGUUGUAGGUAAAAGGUCGUGUUGAACGUGAGUUUUGUGGGUAAUAAAGGAUGAGCAAUCAGGACAUUAUGUGUGAAGUUGAGAUCUCGGACUCUAAUAUUGUUGAAGUGGUUGAGGCCGACUUCAAUGACAUCGGCGUCAACUAUGAAGACUACGAAGUUAGUGUGGGUGAUGAGCAGUACGAGGAAGUAACGUGCGAGACGGAAGACAGCCAAGGACUCCUCAUGCAGAACAUCGAUGACGAAGAAGUGAUAAUGCACACGGAUUCAGAGCUACAGAAUCAUGAGGAGGUGAUUGAUGCAGCUGGUGGUAGCCUGAGUGCGGUGUAUGGGGAUGUAUCAUCCCUCAAUAGUGACAUCUACAUCGAAACAUCACCGGGCCCCUCGAGUGCCGCCCCCUCACUCACAGCAGCACGCGUGAGACGUCGCCCCGGUAAAAUCCCCGAUAGCACCCCACACUCCAAUAUUGCCACCAUCCAGGGUAUUGGGAAUGGAGGUAGGGGUAGCACACGGGGUUACGGGAUGUCUUCGAUUGAUUCAAUGCUUCCUGUUCCUUCAGCAGAGCACAUGGAGGUGCCCAUGGGUGCUGGUAGUAAGCCACGACGGUGGGAACAGAAGCAGGUGCAGAUAAAGACGAUGGAUGGGGAAUUUAGUGUCACCAUGUGGGCAUCGGGGGCAUCGGAUACCGAUGAGGAUUCCACACCUGAACCCGAUCCCGACUACACGGAAUACAUGACGGGAAAGAAGAUCUGCAGCAGUCAGGAAUGUGUGCCGGGUUUGGAUUUAUCCGAUCCAAAGCAACUGGCGGAAUUUGCACGACCCGGGCAUAAGCUGAAGUUCAAGAAGAACACCCACACCACACAGCAGGACUCCACAGAUAGGACCAUCGCAUGCCCCCAUAAGGGUUGCAAUAAGAUGUUCAGGGACAAUAGCGCCAUGCGGAAGCACCUCCACACCCACGGACCCCGAGUGCAUGUUUGCGCUGAAUGUGGGAAGGCCUUUGUGGAGAGUAGCAAGCUCAAGCGGCAUCAGCUCGUCCAUACGGGCGAGAAGCCCUUCCAAUGCACCUUUGAUGGGUGCGGCAAACGCUUCUCUCUCGACUUUAACCUCAGAACCCACGUCCGUAUCCACACUGGUGAUCGACCGUACGUGUGUCCCUUCGAUGGGUGCAACAAGAAGUUCGCACAGUCCACCAACCUCAAGUCUCACAUCCUCACACACGCUAAAGCCAAACGCAAUACCGUUUCCGGAAGUCGGAAUAACGUUGUAGUGACACCACCGGGGUAUGUAAAAUUGGAAAUGCCUGCCAUUGAUACAAAUUCGCAGUACAUCGUCUACACUGAUUGAGGGGCACACGUAAGGGCCGCAUCAGGAAGUGGGACACACGAUGAGGAAUGACGAAGGAUGAAAAAAUGGCAAAGGCUGUGCUUUAACAAGUUGUAAACAAACAAACAAACAAAAUAGCAAACUAUAUACAACAAUUUUUAAUCAUCAAAAGAGUUCUUGCUGAAUUCAAUUGCGCGAGGGAGCCACUUUCAGCAGAGACACAAAAACUCUGCAUUGAGGAGUCCCUUUCGCCAUUGCGAGAACUCGACGACCUUUGCUUUGUAAAAAAAAACAGAACACAACACACCUCUAAUAUAAUAUAUUUUUUCGUCAAGAGAUUGAAAUUUUGUGAAAAUAAAAUCAAGAAAUUGGAAUAAUAAAGAGAGAGAGUGAAAAAAUAAGAAGAGAAGAAGUCAAAAUGAGACAAAGGAGAAUGAGGAAGAAGAAAAGGAAGAAAAUGUUGUAAAUAGAAGAAGAAAAUUAAAAAAAAUGAUAUAUUUUAGGCAUUAGAAAGUAGGAUUUAAGAUUAACUCUCGUUUCAAACUUUUUUUUAAUUUGUAGGGAAAAUCAUUGAGUUUUGCUUUUGCGUUUUUUUUUAUUAAGUCUCUUAAUUCACGACUGAGAGGCCUCACCAGGCGGUGAUGAUGAAGGUAAAAACAAAACAAGAAUUACAAAAAAAAGAAUAUUUUCUCAGCGAAAAUAUCAAAGAUUCAGGGAUUGUUUUUUUUUUUCAAUUAAUUAAAACAAAAAUUAUUUUCUUUCUCAUUGACUUUUUUCUCUGAUUAGAUAAAAAAAAGAAGAAGAAAAUAAUUAAAUAAAACACGCCCUGAUUGUAGUUUUUAGUAGAGAGAGUGGAGAGAAGUAUUUGAUAAAAAAAAUUAGACAUGAAUAAUGUGAAAAAAUAUGGAUCUUUUGUCCUUUUGUUUUGCGCGCACAUUUUCAGCUCAAGAAACAAACAAAAAAAUGUACCGCCGGAUGAACUAUUUCUUUUUCUUUUGGUUCUACAAGAAAAAGAAAGAAAAAAAAAACAAACAAAGAGAAGAAUAAAAUAAAAAUUGUCCUUCACUUUUA